CCUGGGUCAGCCAGACUGAAGGCAGUCAGGUAAGAUCAAAAGCCCUUAAUUAACUCUGGCCUGAGGGCUUUUUUUGCAGCUCUGGUCUUGUCUGGACUUGCAGUGUGUUUGCACUUCUUGAGGAUGGUCACUGUCAGGAGACUUUAUCAAAGGUUCUGCCGCCUGGCAAAAGCUGUAGCACUGAAACAAAACAGGAAAUAUGACAAGUGGAGCGCCAUAGCCAAUGGCAUCAUGGUGCACGAGAAGAGCCAGGCAGUUUCAGAUGGAGAACUGAACAUGUCUGCACGGGGCUGUGGAGGCAGCAGCUGCAGUCUUCCAGGGACUCCGGGCGGAGAGGCCAGCCCUGCCAACAGUGUGCUGAGCUGGGCCGUGUCAUUUGAGAAGCUGUUGGAGGACCCUUCUGGGGUCCGUUACUUUACGUCCUUCUUGAUGUCCGAAGUGAGUGCAGAGAACAUUUUAUUCUGGCAGGCCUGUGAGAAGUUCAGGAAGAUCUCGCCCACCUGCAUGGAUGAGCUGAAAAGAGUCGCUCGCUCCAUAUACAACACCUACCUGUCUGACAACGCUCCCUACUCGGUCAACAUUGAUGACACCGCCAAGACGGAGGAGAAGGACCUGGAGCAGCCCACACCUGACAUGUUCCACAAGGCUCAAACUCAGAUAUUCAAGCUGAUGAAGAUGGACAGCUACAGGCGCUUUGUACGCUCCCCUCUUUACCAGAAGUGCACGUUGGCGAGUGUAGAAGGAAAACUUCUUCCUCAGCUCUCUAACGAGAAGACUCGCAUGGGAUCCUGGGAGGAUGUGGCUACGAACACAAAGAAUAAAAAAGCAGACUCCAACAGUUUACCAGGCAACAAGAAUGCCUCAGAGAAACAGAAAAGGGGAUCCUGGGGAGAUACAUCCAUCGUCCAGGGCGCACACUUCCAUAAAGACUCCCAUAUGUCGGUCAAGUCGACCAGCAGCGUGGAGCUUGGUUCCCUCUACAGGCAGACAGACAAUGGCAAGUCAAAUGUCCAGUCUCCAGAUCAGGGAAGUGGAGGCGGGAGUCGUAUUGAGGUGGAAGGAGGCUAUUGCUGUGUCUACCUUCCAGAUGGCAGUGCCUCCCUGGCCCCCACACAUAAUGGCCAACCCAUCAAAGAGAUGCUGUCUAGCCUGUGUGAGAAGAGGGGCUUCCCACUCAAGGAUGUAAUCAUUUAUCUUCAUGGGAUGGACAAGCCUUUAUCACUGGACCAGGACUGCUCUGUGCUUCGGGAUCAGCAGGUCUCUCUCGAGCUCAGGGUGACGUUUGCUCUCGAUAUUGCCUUCACCGGUAAGAUAGUGGGAAUCAUGGCGAAGUCGAGUAAGACGCUGCAGGAUGCUCUGUCUAUCGUGAUGCAGAAGCACAACCUCAGGCCACAAGAGGCUGUGGUCACCAUGGUUGGAAGUGAUGAGCCCAUAAACAUGAGCAGCACCGUGUUCAGAUUAGCCAAUAAGACGCUACGACUCGACAGAGCCAAAGGAAAAGACCAGACCUACAUUUCCAGAGGCAGUGGUUCUGCUCUAGGCGCACAGACUGGAGGAGCGAGUGGAGGCGGCGUGGAGGCCACUUCAUCGCUGCAGACCGACAGAGCCAAGACUCAGCCCAAGCCCAGUAAGAACCGCGACAUGGAGGGGUUUCUGGACAUGCUGACCAGAGCGCAGUGCUACAGGGUGGAUGACCAGCGAGGCCUUUUGACAAAAGAGCAGCUGGAGGUUCCUCUGUUCCUGCAGAAGUCUUCAGACCAGGGGCAGGAUGCAGAGCAAGCAGAGCCCGGUUUAAACUGCUCUUCCUCAACAGAAUCCACUGAGGAUUCGGGGGAUAAGACCUCACCUUCUCCGAGUCUAGCCGGUGCGGCUGAGGGAAACCCUGGCUCUGCCGAAUCGGAACCUAAAGACGUAAGGGAAACGUCGGUUUGAAAGACUCUGAUUGGUUUUGGAUGGACAAGGAUGCGAGAACAUUUUGGCAAGAUGCCGCCAAUCAAAAACUCAUUUAAGUCUGAAAUUGUUAAGCACUUUUACAAAAAAAAAAAGAAAUUAAUGAAACAAAAAAACAGUGGUUUACAAAUAAGCUUUUAAUCCAGCAGCAUCUCUGCUGCUGAUGAAUGGCCUUUUGAGGCAAAUUGGAAAGAAGAAAAGAGAUCAUGGCAAGCAGUUUUAGUGUCAUCUAAAAACACUACACACCUAUGCAGGAAAUGUUUGCUAUGAAUUGUUUAAUGCACACAUAAAUAUGUAUGAAAAUAAGUUUUAUUUCAGCUCAUCGCCCUGAAACCUGUGUUUUAAAUGGCUUCUCUCUCAUAUUUAAUGCUGUACAGUGUGAGGUACAGCUCAUGCUUUUCUUUAAACUCUAAAAUGUGUCUCUGCAGGAACUAGUGACUUUUGCACAAUUUGUGUUUUCUUCAUUUCCUUUUAGACUUUGUGUUUUAUGCUUUGGGAUAUUUGUGAUGCGUGUUUGUGAUACUAAGAUUACGUUUGGUUUGCUGUGUGAUGGCCUCUCACAAAACCCUGCUCAAAUCACGUCUUCCUGUCACUUUAGAUUGUAGUCUCUCCGGUUCCUCACCUUUUUUUUUUACGAGCAAGUACAUGUUUCACGGGGGUGACUCAGAUGUUGUGAUGAUCAGAAAUCUCUGGGAGCAGCCAAAGAAUUAAAAUGCUUCAUGGUGAAAAAAAUUGAGCCUUUUUAUCUCUGCAUUUGCUGUGGAGCGAACUCCACGGGAGUCACGGUUAGUUUGUUUUUGGGGGAGGAAACACUGACGUCACUUGACAGAAGUUGUGCGACUUUGGUUUCAUACGAAGUGAAGCCGGAGCCCAUUGACCCAGUGGACUGUUUGAGUGAGUCAUGAGGUUCCUCCUUCCUAAAAUGUUGUCAUGUAAUGAUGUCAGGUUUGCACAGUGACGGCGGUCGUUGCAGUGCUGUGAUUGGUUCUCUGUGAUGGAUGUGUGACCAAUGACUGGCCUCGUCUGUCUACAGACUUGUUGCUGGUAGGUGUCUCUCAGUUGAGGAGCUCAGGACUAUUAUGGGGUGUAUUUGGCCAUCGUGAGGGUUACAAAACAAAUUGGCUGAGUCAUAGGUAGACUCACCCACAUGGAUGCUGUCAUCAGGGUUACAUUUAUUAUAUUUUUGUACAGAUUACAGAGGUUGUUUAAUGCACUUACCCACUGAAUGAUGUACCUGAGACAAUGGAACAGCUGCUUCUGUAAUCAUAAAUGUGCAGUGUACAUGAAUCAUACCUUUUUAUGUCACCACACCACAAACUGACAUGGCUCCAGACAUUUGCAUGCAUGCCGAUGAUUGGCAUGGUGUUUGUGUACGUGCGUGCGUGUGUGUGUGUGAGUGGUGCGUCGGCUGUGUUCUGAAUGGGCAGAGAGGGGUGUGCCCUCACAGACACCAUAGCAGCAGUGAGAUGAGGAGCGCCAUCUACUCCACUGCACGUCUGCUGAACUGAGGGAGGACGAGAGGAGGAAAAGGAAGAGGGGAGAAAAGGAGUAAAACAGAGUUUCUGAAGGUCAUCAUCCGUCUUUAACCUCUGCCACUGAACGUCUCCUAAAGGGCGGGAAAAAGAAAGUCAGCCAUGGAGCAGAAGACAAACGAAAGUCCCACCUCCACUUCUCCCCAGAAGCACAUGAAGAACAGGUCCAAGUCAACAGAGGAGAUGCAGCAGUCAAAGAAGGCCUUUUCCUCACAAAAAUCACUCCCAGGCAGACCAGAGCUGGACAAAGUAAAGGAGUGUCCAGAGGGCUCUGAGGUGCCCUCGUCCUCCACUGAAGUGAAGUGAUAAAGGAAAGCAUCAGUUGGACAGUAAAGUUGCAGUGAUGCGACACGGUCACCAUGAAUCGACAUGAUACAUACAUAAAGAUGUACACACUGUGAACUGUAUAUGCGAAAAAAAAAAAAACCAUCAAAAUAAGAUGACGAAUAAUAAACAAUUAACUGAACAUGCGCGUUCAUUCGGUUUGAGACCAUUGCAUGUGAACAUAACAACACACAUGAUGAUACUGUGUCCUUGUACUGUGUCACACACACUGAAUGUGUGUUUACAAUAAAGUGGUCACUCAUCUGUUCUCACCCACACCUGUAAUGAAUUGUGUGUAAACCGCGCCUCCAUCGAUGCUGCAGACUCUCACUGUGGUUGAAAGAAGUUCCUGUGAUGUGAAAUUAGUAAAGCUGACCAAUGCA